GAAGAAGAAGAAGAAGAAGAAGAAGAAAAGCGGAAGUGUUGCGGUGUGUAAACAAUCGAGUCAUUCUGAGUUUACCUGUUUGACAUUUUUAAAGAUCAUUUUUACAUUAUUAACUUACAGAUGUGUGAAGAAUGGUGAACUAUAGCAAGUGAAAUGUAACAUUUACGCGACGGACACACGACUUCAGCGUUGACUCUGAUGUAGAAGGCUGUCUGUGGUCAUCAUGCCUUAUCUGGGCAGUGAGGACACGGUGAGGGAGCUGAGGAGAGCUCUGACCAACCCCAAUGUCCAGUCUGACCUGCUGCGAUACAGAAACACCAUCCUCAAAGUCAUCAGAGCGAUGUCUCAGGGCGUGGAUGUGUCCAGCCUGUUCAGUGAAAUGGUCAAAGCGUGUGCCACGGUAGAUGUAGUCCAGAAGAAACUGGUCUACGUCUUCCUGUGUUCCUACGCCACUCUGAACCCAGAGCUGUCUCUGCUCGUCAUCAACACGCUGAGGAAAGACUGUCAGGAUCCAAACCCCAUGGUCCGCAGCCUGGCUCUGAGGAACAUGACAAACCUCAGGUUACCCAGUCUGGUGGAGUAUGUGGAGCAGCCUCUGACGGCAGGACUGAGAGACAGAGCCGCCUGCGUGCGGCGAGUCGCUGUCCUCGGCUGGGCCAAACUAUACAAUCUCCAAACUCACUCUGACAUAGAUGCUGCGGUGGUGAAUGAGCUGUACAGUCUGCUGAGGGACACAGACCCGGUGGUGAUGGUCAACUGCCUCCGAGCUCUGGAUGAGAUUCUGAAGGAGGAGGGAGGAGUCGCUAUAAACAAACCCAUCGCCCAUCACCUCCUCAACAGGCUGAAGGAGUGUGACAUCUGGGGUCAGUGUGAGGUGCUGAGAAUCCUCCAGCGCUACCGGCCUCAGUCAGAGGACGAGCUCUUCGACAUCCUGUCCCUGUUGGACGCUUCCCUGGUCAGUCCUCACCCUCCGGUCAUGGCCGCCACGCUCAGCCUCUUCCUGAGCCUCUGCCCCGCUCUACCCACCGUCACGCUGGCCGCCCUGGAGCGAGUGCGGGCCCCCCUGCUGGCCACCUGUGGGAGCGCGUCCAGAGAGAUGAUGUUUGCUGCCAUCUGCCACAUUCAGUUGCUGUUGCGUUCUCUGCCCGGCCUGAUGGGGGCACACUACAAGCGUUUCUUCUGUGGCUAUGCUGAACCAGCCUACAUCAAGCAAAGGAAGAUGCAGGUGCUGAUGGAGCUGGUGAAUGACGACAAUGUAGCGAUGAUACUGGACGAGCUGAAAGGAUACUGCACUGACGUCAACACGGACACUUCCCAGGCUGCCAUCUCAGCCAUAGGUCGCAUCGGACGCAGCUACAGCGACAGAUGUCUGGAGAUCCUGACCGGACUCCUGGGACUCAAACAGGACCACAUCACUUCAGCUGUGGUGCAGACAAUGCGGGAUCUGGUCUGGGUGUGUCCACAAUGCAGCGACACGGUGUGCUUGGCCGUGGAGGGCUGUGAGGAGACGCUGCAGGACAGCCAGGGCAGGCAGGCGCUGCUGUGGUUGCUUGGCGUGUAUGGGGAGCGAGUCUCCAGCGCCCCCUACACGUUGGAGGUGUUCAUCGACGGAGUGAGGAGCGAGACUUCUCUGGGAGUGAAGAUGGAGCUGCUGACGGCCACAGUCAGGGUGUUGUUGUGUCGGCCUGCUGAGACGCAGGACAUGCUCGGAAGACUGCUUCACUACUGCAUAGAAGAGGAAACAAACAUGUCUGUACGUGACCAGGCCCUCCUCUACUACCGACUGUUGCACUGUGGGAUAGAAGAGACACGGAAGGUCCUGCAGGGUCGGAGGUCGGACCCUUCCCUGGGCGUUCUGAUUGGCCGCCCCGCGGAGCCCGUCGGCCAGUGGGCGUGCAGCUUCAACACGCUGGCGCCUCUCAAGCAGGUCGCCGUAGAGACAGAGUCGACCAGCAGAGGGAGCCCUGAGCACGUGACCUUUGACCGCAAGCCUAACACUGACCUGUCCGACACGCUGAACUGUGGCCAGGACGAGACGGUGCAUUCAGGUUCAGACCCUGAUGUCCUGCCUCCCAGCCCUGUGGUUCCUCUCAGCUUGUCCCUCUCCCCAGCUCUCAGCCCAGCAGAGUUUGAGCGCCUGUGGCUGCAGCGACCUCAUGUGCUUUCCGAGCAAGAUUCUGUGAAGACAGAAGAGGAGGAGGAUUAUUUGUGCAUGGAAGAACGCGUCCGAUGCCCUGAGAUACUUCACUGUUCCACACAAAGCCUUCAGGCUGCGAUGCAGCUGGUUAACAUCCAGAUGCUGGCCUUCACGUCGCCGCACAAGCUGCCCUGGAGGGUCUACCUGUACACUCACACUCAGCAUGCAAACCCCGCUGACACACCCAGCAGCAGCAGCAGCAGCAGCAGCAGCAGCACGCUCAUACUGGGGGAGCUACUCUACUCCGGAGAGGGAAAUCAGAGGAGUGCAAUAAACAGAGGCCCGGGUGAUGGAGAUGUGGCGGUGAAGAGCAGGGAAGAUGAGCAGACAGAAGGGGAAGAGGAGGCUGCAGCUGACGGGCCGAGACCUCAAGGAGAACAGGAUGAAGUUAAAGUGACUCUUAAGCAGCAACCAAGAGAUGGAAAAGCCCUGAAAGCAUUUCUCUCCAUUCUUACCACUGUACUGCACACACUGUCCUCAGAGAGAGCCUAAAUAUGCAUUAAACACACACACACACACCUGUCUUUUUGAGUUGAUUGAUAUAGUUGUAUUGAUCUAUAAAUGGAAGGAACAUCUGUCCUCAAGUUAACUGUCCAGCUGGUCAAACUUGGCAGGUGACUUACUUUGACAUAGUUUGGAUAAGAAAAGCAAGAAAAUACGGUCAAAAUGCCUCACUUCUGCCAGUGAAGGUUCUCAGUCAUCCAGGUCAUAGUCUUCUUCUUCAUCUUCUUCAUCUGCAUCUUCUGGGGUUGGCUGAAGGCGACUGGACUUGCUCGAGUUAAGUUGAAGUCGUUUCACCCCUCGUCCAAAAGGCUUCUCCAAAAACUUGGGUGAAACCACCAGCAACCCACCUCUGAACAGGUUCAGCUCUGCAUUGUUCAACUUAGACAAACAGGUUUCUGACAGGUUAGUCGGAACUGAAGACGUCUCUUGGAUGAGGUGGAAUGUCUUUAGCAUAACUCAAGCGAACCCAAAAAUGAGUCAUGCAGCAACACUAUCACCACUGCAUGUAGGAGCGAGCAGUUCAAGCCAACAUUAUGUUGUAGAAUAUCCUCAACUCCAGUGCAAGUGAAACCAGGGUUCACAGUGUGUUGAGCUGAGACAUGCGGCUAACAAGAGGCAUUCAAAGACCCUCGUAAAUGUCAUGACGAACAGGUUACUUUUUCACACAAACCGUAGCAGACUCGGGAAGUAUGGCCUCGUUUCCACCAAGCUCACUUUGGUGAUUAUGAUUACUAAAUUAAUUGAUUAUUUGGUUUUAGACAGGGGUUUUUUUCUUCUCAACUUUUCACAAUGGAAACACAAAGACAAUUGCGUUACUUACUGAACUGAACCCAACUGUUCCGCUUGGUGGGAACAAGGCUUAUGAAUCUGACCUAAAACCAAGCAGUGACCCUCAAGAAGACUUCAAAAGUUGUAAGAAUCAGUUAAAAUGUCUUCAGAAUUAUGGUUUUGAAGAAAAGAUUUGCCCUCAAUACCAUAAAGAUAUGCUCUGUGCUUAAAAUAACUGUUUA